GUGCUUACUCUGUGUAGGUCCAAUGGAUGUAUGAGCCUGGAUGGUGGUGAUGCCAGUGGAGUAAGACAAGUCGGGCUCCUUUCCAACUUUCUCCCCUGUAUUUCACACACUCACACCCCAUCUGGUCGUCGACCUGCGAUCCGUUCCCAAGUCACUAUUGCUAGUGUAGUAGUAGUAGCAGUAGCAAUAGUAGUGCUACACACGGGAUAGAUACCGAGUGUUUGAGGAGAAGAAAAUGGUCGUGGAAGUGGUCCUACUGGGGUUUGGACAAGACGAAGACGAAGCAGAACAAGUCGAAGUACGAGCAGGAGAAGUGGUGGCCUAAUUUUCUGAUCACUUUACCGAAUCAGGGGUAGAAGAACUCGGAGAAGAAGAGUAAGGCGAAUAAGACGGCGAGCUAAGGCACGAGAGGUACGAGAGACACGAGAGACACUCGCCACACAUUGCUACAUUCUACAUCCAUCUAUCCACUCCCUCACACACUCACUCACACUCACUCACACACACGAACAAAACUCUAAAACGAGAAGGAGCGACGACCUGAAAAGUGCUUCAUUUCCAUUCUGAGAGAUCUCUGGGUUGGUUGACAUUUCGAGUCCUCUUCAGUAAUCCCUGCCAAAAAAAUCCACCAAGAUGGAACUCGACCCAACCGGACUCUACUAGCUAACUUAAUUAAACAAUCCAAGUAUUUUGGAUUGAUGUCUGAAUGUCAAAGAGGACUUACCCCCUCAACUAUAGCCUAUAAUAUGAUAUCAUUAUGACUGAGCUGUCUUAGGAAUAAAUUGAAUUAUGAACAUCCCGUGUUUUUCUUGAAAUCCGCCAACGGCUGAGCUCUUUUUCAAAGAGCAACUCAGGCCACCCUGAUUCCAAAAGCAUAGAACUUAAAGCAACGACCAACAUCCCCGUCCUCGAUCCAUGCCUCUCUGCUUGGCUCGCAUGCCUCAAUGCAAUAGGCAUUCUCUCAGGCAUACACACUCACAUUCAGGCAACACAUAUCAAGGAAGGAGGAGGAGGAGCAGGAGGAGCAGGAACCAAAACCACCAUCAGCCACAUUCCUUGCUUCUUUGCGAGUUGGUCUUCCCUGAGGACAGAGUUUGAUCAGUUACUUCUUCUAGUCAUCAACGGUACCUCAGUUCAUUUGAGUGAAAAAUGAAGCUUUAUUCUUACGCUGAUCAUAUGGUGGCUUCGGAUAGCUUUCGCUUGUUCAAGAAGGAGUGUCAGAUGGAUCAAGCAAUAAUGGACCAAUUCCAAUCGGAAAUCGCUCAAUUGAGGUCCUACAUCUAUUCGGCGGAUUCGGAUUGGUGCCUGGACCAGAGCAUCCUGGAUCUCAUGGACCGAAUCCUUGAUAUGGAAGGCUCCGAAGGACUUCGUAUCAAAUUUGUCCGUCUCCUGUGCAUUUGUGCCAUGAGAUCUAACUUCUUCACCUUGCUCAUGAACGAUCGUUCGCAUGUGAUCCUCAAGUACUGCCAUCAAUUUGAUCAACUCUGCCCGGAAGAACAACGCUUCGUGACCAUUCUUUUGCUGAAUAUAUCCAGCAAUCCCAAAGGAAUCGACUAUCUCAUGUUCUUCUCGCCUUGGGAACACCACAAUAUGCCCCUAAAUAACUGCCAGGCCUGUCAGAAUAUCAUCCAAUUGGCAUUAAGUAAUACCAAUCCGAAUGUGAGGCAUCAAGCAUGGCGUCUAUUAGCAAAUUUGUCCUCCAGACACGGAACGUACUCCGAACGACCUCAAACCCUUCAAGUUUACAACAAGUUCGUUGAAUUUGUCAAAUCGUGCAUCAACGAUAAUAAGACAAUCAUUGCCAACGAAAAUCAUCUGAUCAUUCAGGAAGCCAAGAAGAACAUUGAAAUCGAGCACAAAAAUGAAUUCGAUUUUUCCACGCUCAAUUUACCGGAAGAGUUGAAAUAAUAUUGCGUUCCAUGUCAAAAUUGCGAAAAUAAAUGACAUUAUUUAAGGACCAA